UCCAUAUCAGAUACCUAUCCAUACUUUUACAUUACUGUCACUAUAACGCACAAAACAAAAAGAUAUAUAAUCGAAAAAUUGAAAAUUCCUUUGAGUUUACAUAAUGAAUUCGAAGUUUCUGCUGAUUCUACUGGCCUCCGGGUCCAUGAUGCCGUUUCACGAAACCGAUAACUCCAUUACUACAGGACUCUGUCCCCGGUACAGAAGAUCAGAAUCAACCGAUUUGACAGGCGAAAAUGGCAGGGGAUCAAUUACCAUGAUCGAUGAGAUUAACUGGAUGGAGGUGCUAACCGGCGAGUGGCUGGUGAUAAUCUGUUCGCAACGGGAGCCGAAGUGCAAGGAUCUAAAAAGGAGCUUAUAUAAUUUGGCUACCACUUCUAUGGGUUGCCUCGAUGUUGGACUGGCCUUUUGCGAUCUCUCCAAGCUUUCGACUAUGCAAAGACGAUUCUCCGCCUUUACCGAUGAGACCAUAUAUCAUGUGAUGGAAGGGGACUUUCGAAAAUUGAAUGCUAAACAAGACCUGAUAUCCUUCCGCGAUCUCCUGCAUCUGCGUGAAUGGGUGGAGAUUCCCACAAUGCCGUUUUGGAGACACCCAACUUCCUUAUUUACAAAUUUUUCCGUUUUUGCUUUCAAUACGCUUGUCACUUUACUGCGUUCUGGACUUGUUGGUCAAAACAUUUUGCUGGCCAACAUUGUCCUUAAUUUGUUGUUUAUCAGCGUACUGAAUAUUGUCAUUCUAACCAUAUAUGUCUUGAGGCUUUUAAUCAUGAAAAUUAUUUUCAAAUAUCAUCAAUCAAAAAUAAUGCACUACCAGUUAACUCCCUAUAUAAAUUAGACAUCUGAAAAUUAUACAAA